AUGCUCCUGAUACUCAAACCAGUCACACCAGCGCUCAUACUCACCCACUCCCGACCGCACCCCCGCCCCAACCCCCACCCCCACCCCCGGCACGCCGUCCCCCUCCCCCUCCGGCCGGCCGCUCACACACCAGCUGGUGCAUCAGCUUGUGCCAGGGCCCCGUCCGGUCCCGCCCGGUACUCGAGCAUGACAUGCGCGAUGAUUCCCGAGCCCAUCGCCACGAGAGACGCGUACUCGGGGCAGGUCGUGUCGGGGUCGGGGGUGGGGGUGGUGCUGGCCUCUGAGGUGGGGGGGGAGUUGGGUGGUGGUAAUGCGGAGGUUCCGGGCUCGUCGUGCCUUCCAGGCUUCGGCGUGCACUCUGAAGCGCUGGCGGCGCUCGUGGUUGAGCUCGACGAUGAGGUUGGCGUGACGGUUGAGGGUCAGGUGGGGUAUUGCAUACACAAGGUGGUGGCGAUAAAGUUCCCGGGCCUGGACAGUUCGAAUACUAAGAGAGGUAUUGUCUUGGGGCCCAAGAACAAGAGGGGAUCGUACUCGGGCAGUUCGCAGCGCUCCAGCGCACUACAACAUCAUUGUCAGCCUACCAAUGGUCCCGUUAGGGGGGUGGCGUGGGCAGGUAGCUACCUGGAUGACGCCGGGCGCUCCGGAUCAAACCAUUUCUUUUGCCAUGCUGUGAGUUUGUCGUUAAAGUCGGCUGCAUAG